AGCAGGGUGACCUGUGCAACUCCACUAUCACAGCCCCGCUCACUCCUGCUUGGGAUGGCUGGGUUACAGAGCUCCCUGCACUGCCCCAAGAGCCAUUCCGCAGCAGGCUAGCCUGCCCCACAGCCGGGGGCUUGUCCUCACAGUCCUGGCCACAGUCCCCUGUGCCACGUGCUGUGGAGAGAAGGGCUUCGGGCUACUUGGCAGUUCAGAUCUCAGGGGUUUCGCCCCCGGGAUCACGCUGCGCUGUGCAUUGGGCUGCACUGAAUUUCAGCCCGGCGAUUUCUCCAACCUGUCCAGGUGGACGAGUUCCACCCCCGCCCCCCGCCCCGCUGAGGGUCAGCGGCAAACCUCAUCAGCGCGCCCUUCCCCCCCCCCGCCCCGCCCCGCAUCCCAGGCCCGACUGAAGACACACGGACCAGGAGCGGCCCGAGGUGCCCCCAGCCCGCCUGGGAACCACUGACCUCUGCCCUCCCAAGCCGCGGCCGAGUCGGGGCACAGGCAGCGCCGGCCGGAGGGAGAGCGGGGGCGGAGGAAGGGGGCGCCGCCUAGAGGAGGCCGGGGGCAGGAGGCUCGCGGCGCGGGGGCUGCUGGGGUUACCUGUCUGCCGCAGCUCAGUCAAGGGCCCCGGGGCCGCGAGCGCCUCGCGCUCUGCGCGGCGGCGGCGCCGCCUCCUCACAGCCCGCCCGGGCGGGAGUCAGGCGCUCCGUGCACGCGGCGGCGGGGGGCGCUCAGGGACUCGCCCAACGGUCACUCGGGGCGGGGGCGGGGGCGGGGCUGGCUCCUUUCCGCUCUCUCCGCCGCGCCUAGGACCCCAGCGCCGGCUCUGGCCCUGUGCCGGUUCCGCGGUUUGGAGGCGGCUUCUUUGGACGCCAAGGCCCCCAGCGGGCCCCUUCGGCCCGGGACCGGCCCCGCCCCGUCUCCGCCAGAGCGGGAGGAGCCCCGGGAGCGCGCUCCGCCGAGCGCGCAGCCCGGUGUCUCGGUGGCGGCCAUGGCGGCGGCCUCGCAGCGGGACCCCGGGGACUGGCAGGAUUUCUCCGGCUUCCAGCCCCCGGCAGGGAGCAGCCCCGAGCCGGCCCGGGACGGGGGCACCUGGGGGCCCGGAGAGCUGGGGGACAAGCUGCUCCUCUGCUUCAAGCCCCCCCCGCCUCGGGGCGGCGGCAGCGAGAGCCGGGUCCCGCUGCGGCCCCUCAGCGAGCAGAGCGCCCUACGGGAAGACGAGAUUUGGAAUGCUUUGACUGAUAAUUAUGGUAAUGUAAUGCCAGUUGAUUGGACGUCCUCCCACACCAGAGCGUUGCAUAUGCCAACACUGAAUCUCUCAGAGAAAGGGUUAAAUGAAAAUUUGAACCUUGACCUAUCAGAUGAUGAAGAACUUAGAGAACAGCUGGAUAUGCACUCUAUCAUAGUUUCCUGCAUCAGUGAUGAACCACUGUUCACAGCAGAGCAGGUGAUUGAAGAAAUAGAGGAAAUGAUGCAGGAAUCACCUGACCCAGAAGACGAAGAAACACCCAUGCAGUCAGACCGGCUCUCCAUACUUUCCCAGGAAAUUCAAACACUCAAAAGGUCCAGUACAAACAACAGUUAUGAAGAGAGAGUACAAAAACUGACUGUUGCUGAACUAAAUGAACUACUAGAAGAAAUUGAGACUGCCAUUAAGGAUUAUUCUGAGGAGCUGGUACAGCAGUUGGCUCUAAGGGAUGAGCUGGAGUUUGAAAAGGAAGUGAAAAAUAGCUUCAUUUCUGUCCUCAUCGAAGUACAAAACAAACAGAGAGAACACAAAGAAACAGUGAAGAAGAAGAAAAAGCUGAAAAAUGGUAGUCCUCAGAAUGGCAAACAAGAAAGAGGUCAUAUGCCUGGAACACGCUUCAGCAUGGAAGGGAUCUCAAAUGUCAUUCAGAAUGGCUUCCGCCACACGUUUGGAAACUCGGGUGGAGAGAAACAGUACUUAACAACAGUCAUUCCUUAUGAGAAGAAAAGUGGACCACCCGGUGUUGAAGAUCUACAAACAUUAACCAAAAUUCUUUAUGCUAUGAAAGAGGACAGCGAGAAAGUGCCAAGCUUAUUAACAGACUACAUUUUAAAGGGUAGUCUCUCUUCAUUAGAAAUGUUGAGGAUUUCUUGUUCAAGAUCAAGACCAGAACAACAGUGAGGAUUUUGGGGCAACAUGCCGCUUUCUAGAAGCACAGACUUCUGUGUCCGACAUGAAAAAUGCUGCUUCGCUUCCGAAGUAACCAUGCUCCUUCCUGUGACGAGAAGCUUUCCAGAGAUAGUUCAUAGUAUUUUCUUUUCAUUUGGCACUGUAUCUAAACCUGUAUGUAUUUACUUUCCAUGUCUGUUUGGAUUUUUGGAUCAUACAGUAGGCCUUUUAGGCACGAUAGAACUUGCGCACUUUUCAUUUGAUGGUGCAAUGUGCUUGAGCAUAGAACAAACAUUGUACAGUUUUACUUACAAGCUUUGGUUUGGGUUUUUAAAAUCUAUUUUACAUUGUGUAAUAUGUAGUAAUCCCUCCCACAUAUUUCACUGUUGGGGAAAGAAAACUAAACUUUAAAUACUGUAAAUAAAAUAAGCCUAUAAUUUUAAUUAAUCUGCAGUUAAAAAAAAAAACAAAAAACAAAACC